AUGUCAAUUCAACAAACACCAACUAACGGAUUAACCGGUAAAAUAUCAGAUUUAGAUAUGGCUAACGCUAAGGGUAAAUCUUUAACUGAUAAAUUGGCCGCAGAGGCUAAAGAGAAGGAUGAUUCUCAAACAGUAGCUGUUGGUAAAAAUGCCUUGGUGGAUCCUGUUUUCGACGCCAAAAAGAUCGCAGAAGAGAAUGAAGAAAUCAAUAGAAAGCACAAAGCUUUUUUGACUCAACAUAAGGCCCACCGCCAUGAGUUACAUUCUUUAGAGAAAGAAGAGCCUUUAUUGAUCGAGAAUACUCGCCGCUUCGUCUUGUUCCCUAUCAAAUAUCAUGAAAUUUGGCAAAUGUAUAAGAAAGCUGAAGCAUCUUUCUGGACAGCAGAAGAAAUUGACUUAGGCAAAGAUCUUCACGACUGGAAAAAUAGAUUGAACGACAAUGAGAGGUAUUUCAUCUCGAGAAUCUUAGCUUUUUUUGCUGCUUCUGAUGGUAUUGUUAAUGAGAAUUUAGUUGAAAACUUCUCUGCUGAAGUUCAAAUACCUGAAGCGAAAUGUUUCUAUGGUUUUCAAAUCAUGAUGGAAAACAUUCACUCCGAGACUUAUUCUCUAUUGAUUGAUACAUACAUUAAGGAUCCUAAAGAAGCUGACUUUUUGUUCAAUGCUAUUGAAAACAUUCCAUGCAUCAAAAAGAAAGCUGAUUGGGCAUUGAGAUGGAUUAACGAUGAUGAUGCUUUGUUUGCAGAGCGUCUUGUCGCAUUUGCUGCCGUUGAGGGAAUUUUCUUCAGUGGUUCUUUCGCUUCUAUAUUCUGGUUGAAGAAAAGAGGUUUAAUGCCAGGUCUUACGUUUUCUAAUGAAUUAAUCUGUAGAGAUGAGGGCUUACAUACGGAUUUUGCUUGCAUGUUAUUCUCACAUUUGCAGCACAGGCCGGACCCAAAAAUUGUUGAGAAGAUUAUCACUGAAGCUGUGAAGAUUGAAAAGGAGUUCUUUACAGAUGCAUUACCCAUUUCUUUAUUAGGUAUGAACUGUAACUUGAUGUGUCAGUAUGUUGAAUUCGUCGCUGAUAGGUUGUUGAUUGCCUUGGGUAAUAAGAAGGUUUAUAAUGUUACCAAUCCAUUUGACUUUAUGGAGAAUAUUUCUUUGGCAGGAAAGACCAAUUUCUUUGAGAAGAGAGUCAGUGAUUAUCAAAAAGCUGGUGUCAUGGCUAAGUCUGGUGAGUCUAAGUCUGAUGACGCAUUUGCCUUUGAUGAAGAAUUUUAA